AUGCAGUACCCUAUCGUUCUCGCCAUGGCCAUGCUCAUUGGGCUUGGCCAGACUAGCUCCACUCGCACCAACGCUGUUGCUAAGCAACCAUUCGUUGUGAGGAACAUUGGUGAUAACUGGGUCACCAAAGUUAAGAGGGCCGGUGGCGACAGCGAGCCCGAUGUCGUCCCGAGAGGGAUCUUGCACAACAACGUCGGCCGCCAAUGCGUGCACGACGCCGUGUCCGGAGUUUGCAACAUCGCAGGCCAAUGCGAGCUUGCUGGUCCCGGGGCCAAGGAUAAACAUGGCAAAGCCAGAAAGCCGAUGGAUCCUAACUGCCUUCUUCAUUAA